GGAAGCUGGCGUGCGCUAGGACCGCGGCGCGCAGCUCAUCGUCGCUAUAUGAGGCCGCGCUCGGGCCCCACGCGGAACCCGCGACUCUGAGCCGUCCCCGGCGUCCCGACCCGAGGCUGGACCCGAGGCCAAACCGGCCGCUGCGCAGCCGAGGCCAGCCCCGGGCCUGCGAGGGACGCGCGUCCCGGGGCACCUGCCCCUGGCACCAUGGGCGCUGCUCAGUCCGCGUCGGCGGAGGUGCGGGAGCUCGAGGGCAAGACCGGCUUCUCAUCAGAUCAGAUCGAGCAGCUUCACCGAAGGUUUAAGCAGCUGAGUGGAGACCAGCCCACCAUUCGCAAGGAAAACUUCAACAAUGUUCCUGACCUGGAACUCAACCCAAUCCGAUCCAAAAUUGUUCGUGCCUUCUUUGACAACAGGAACCUGCGCAAGGGUCCCAGUGGCCUGGCCGAUGAGAUCAACUUUGAGGACUUCCUGACCAUCAUGUCCUACUUCCGGCCCAUCGACCCCACCAUGGGGGAGGAGCAGGUAGAGCUGUCCCGGAAGGAGAAGCUGAGAUGGAAGGCUUGGCUUUCCCAUCAGAAUGUAGACGAGAUGCCCGACUCUGACAUGCAAGCAAGGGGCUAUGGGAACUGCUCGCACUGGCCGCCAGGGACCCCGCCGUGGCGCUCUGGAUGCAGCUUCUCCUCUGCUGAGGGCUAUGGCCACACACAGUUCCAAGGCCUUGCUUUCCUGGCCCUUUGUGGGGCCACCAUGGGCAAAAAUACCUUAACUCCUUCAACAGCCCAUCUGGGGAGGGGGGCCCAGCAGGCCUGGUCUCCCAGGGUGAUGUGAGGAUGAGAGGGAGAGAUGAUGGUGGGGUGCCCUGCACGCCCAGGAGUCAGGUCAGUGCUCAACAAAUGCCAAGGUAGAGGGCUUGGGAGAGCUCCAGCUCCCGAGGUCACCCCCCCUCCGGCUCCUGGCCACCAGAUGCCAGCAGAAUGUCAGUCAGUGCCAAGGAGCCGCUCAUGCUGGACUGAGAUAGUGACACCUCUGGGUCUGUCUGGAACGACAUUUGAAAUAGCACCGUUAGGUUUGCUGCUAACGAUCCACGCUUCCGGCCUCCAGUCCGCUGCUGGGCCCUAACUCCACCUGCUCUCGCUCCCAGCCCUCACAAGACCAGGAAGUAAACACAGUUGUUACUCCCAUUUCACAAAUGGGGAAAUUGAGACUCGAAUCAGAUCUCUUUUCCAGGGUCACCUUGUAGGAAGGUGGUCAGUGUGCCCCAGCUGUGCCCCAGACCCCUUGGCUUUUGGUACUGAGGUUUGGUCACUGGUGUCUCUCACUUGGUUUGGGGUAGAUGUCAGAGUGUGGGAGCAGGGCCCUGACAGAGUCCCCCUCUCUCCCCUGCC